AUGAAGUCAGAUGAAAGAUGUCUUAUUUUUAAACACUUCCCACCUGAAAUAAAUGAAGAUGAAUGUGUAACUUUUUUAAAAUCUCUGGGGGCAACCACGUCUCAAUAUUUUGGAUGUUCCGGUUCUCUCAAACAUUGCGCUUAUGCGGAGUUCGCAUCUGAACAACAUGCAUGGAAUAUCAUUAAAAAUCUUCACCAAAAGAAAAUAUUGGAUCGACGUCUUUCAGUUGAAUUCAUCCAGUCUGUAGAAAAAUUAUCUUCAGUUAAUAUCCAAAAGACUAAUCCAGACAAAUCCAAAGAAGAAUGUCUUCCCGUAACCACGAAUGCUUUUUCUGCUAUGUGGGAUACAUCUUUUGAAGCUUCCUCACGAAUGUACUAUGAAUAUCCUGUUGUAUCCAUUGAUGUACUGACAAACAUUGUGCGAUCGUUGGCUUCUUGCCCAGCAUUUUAUAAUCAGGUACUCCACAUAAUGAACAAACUUCAUUUACCACCACCAUUUGAAGAUCCGGAACAAUUCCCUGGGGAUUAUCUUGUCAUUUCUGCUUCAGAUUAUGCGAAAAUGCAAACACUAAUAGAUAAUAUCCAGCGCUUGCCAAAAGAGGAAAAUUAUGAUUCAGGUUCAGUUUCAGAAGAAAUGGAUUUAUCUAGUGGACCGGAGUCUGAACUCGCUUCUGAUGAUGAAAAAAAAGCAACUACUUGUGCACAAAAAGCAUCUCAUCGUCUUCCUAAGACUUCCAAACGUAAAAAUGUUGAUGUUGCUGAUUUAUUCGAAUCACAUCAAGCUGCUAAAAAGUUAAACUUGCCAAAGAUUCUUAACGUCACUUCUCAGCGUGAUCAUAGUAAUUCACUUGAUGAAUCUGAAGGUGGAUUCGGACUUAUCCAUACGGGGACUAAAGUAGAGAGACGGCAUUUUCUUGACGGACCAACUCAGAAUUCUCAAGAAAAUCAUGCAUCAAUCUUCUCCAAUUUUCAGCUCCGUAAAGAACAACUUUCUGAUGAAGAACACGAGAACUUGGAAGAUUUAAUCCCACUACCAUCACAACCACCUUUGAGUAGUGAAAAUAUGACAAAUGUUACUGAUAAUAACCCGUCUAAUUUCGUAACAGUACUGUCCCUUGAUGAAAUCAUAUCCAAUCGCCUAAAAGAUGAGGAUCGCAAGAAUUAUCCGGUAUUCGCUAAAUAUGAUACUGGAACUACCACCUCUCGUCUGUAUGUCAAAAAUUUAUCUCAAAUGGUUACAGAAGCCGAUUUGUUUGCAAUAUUCGGGGUAUUCUCAAACGGACCUGUGACUGACAGUAGUUGCAAAUCAAGGGUUUCGUUGGACUCAACAGAGUGUUUUUCAAUAAGGCUUUUGACGGAAGGUCGAAUGAAAGGUCAGGCAUUCAUCGGCCUUGCAUGUGAAUCAACUGCCAAACAAGCGUUGGAAGCCACAAAUGGUUAUAUGCUAUAUGAUCGUCCGAUGGUUGUUCAAUUUGCUAGAGGUGCUAAAGCAAAACCAGAUGAAAAAAGUUUAUUAUUAUCGAAUUAA